AUGAUACCAAUUUCAGAAGAUUGGAGUGAAUGGAGCAAAUGUUCGGAUUCAUGCGGUGGAUGUGGCACGCAAAACCGUACAUUAAAAUUACCAAAUGGUACGCGUAUCGUACACCUUCGUCACUGUAACCCAGAGCCGUGUUUGGAUAGAAAAGAACCGUGUUGUGAACCGUUUAAAUUUAUAAAUGGAAAAUGCCUGAUACCACAAAAAACUGAAGGAAAUGAAGUGAGAUCGAAGGACCAAAAGAAGGAGGCAGUAGUUGCUUGGGAAAGUAUUAAAGAUGAUGAUAAACCGAAAUUUAAUAAUCUAGAAGAACAAAGAAAGGAAGCAGUACUUGCCUGGGAAAUUAUUAAAGGAACAGAAUUUUCUGACAACAAAAAAUUCGGCAAUAUAAAUCUGAAGGAAACCGAUAUACUUCUCAACUUGACUACUGGAAUCAGUAUUGGUCUUAAUGAUACCAGAAAUAGCGACAAUGAUGAUUUCACUGAAAGCAGUGGAGAAUUGGAUGAGGAAAUGGAUAGCAAAAUAAAUACUACUGAAACUUUCAACUUGGGCAUUACAAAUGCGGAUGCGCCACAUGCUUCAAUGAAGAAAAAUAAAAGUGUUAAAAAAGGUUAUAAUCGAAGAAACUACAAACAACGACAACGGCGCAAUCGACAGCAUCUUCCACGAAUGGCCUCAAAAUCACAGAAUGCCAAGAAGUCGGGAAAAUCACAGAAAAUGUUUGACGCUUAUUAUAUAUAUGACUACUAUGACUUCUAUUACUACUAUUGA